AUGGAAAAACUUUUGGAACCUCCACCUGUAAAAGCUAGUAAGGCUUUGCCAAAACCACUGGAUAAAGCCAGCAAGAAGAGAGGAGGGCGCCGUGUGCGUAAGAUGAAAGAGAGGAUGGGUAUGACAGAUCUGCGCAAGAGCGCCAAUCGCAUGAAUUUUGGAGAAUUAGCUGAGGAUGUGCUACAAGAUCAUAUAGGGUUUGAUUUGGGUCAGGUAAAAACCGGAAACAUUGCUGGCGGUCGAAUUCGAGCCGGAGUAGUGGACAACAAGACCCGCGUCAAGAUGUCGCAAAAAAUGCAGCGGCAGAUGGAACGGCAACGAGCCCUAGGAGGAGUCACAAGCAUACGCAGUAAAGUGAGUAUAUUGAUUCAAACCAAGGUUGACAUUUCAAAUAGAUGUUCAGUACAAAAUUCGCAUUCCAGUAUAUUCAAAUCCAAAACUCUCAUUCAGACUGCUGGUACAGCCUCGUCCGUGACCUUUACUCCUGUACAAGGACUUGAAAUCAUCAACCCUACUGCUCUUGAAAAGACAUCUACGUCCUCAUCGACGUACUUUUCUUCUUCUGCAUCGUUUGUGAAAGUAAAAACCGGAAACAUUGCUGGCGGUCGAAUUCGAGCCGGAGUAGUGGACAACAAAACCCGCGUCAAGAUGUCGCAAAAAAUGCAGCGGCAGAUGGAACGGCAACGAGCCCUAGGAGGAGUCACCAGCAUACGCAGUAAAGUGAGUAUAUUGAUUCAAACCAUGGUUGACAUUUCAAAUAGAUGUUCAGUACAAAAUUCGCAUUCCAGUAUAUUCAAAUCCAAAACUCUCAUUCAGACUGCUGGUACAGCCUCGUCCGUGACCUUUACUCCCGUACAAGGGCUUGAAAUUAUUAACCCUACUGCUCUUGAAAAGACAUCUACGUCCUCAUCAACGUACUUUUCUUCUUCUGCGUCGUUUGUGAAAGUCGCCACUCCGGCAUCCACGAAGUAA